AUGCCUAUCGAAGCCCUCCCACCCGCCACAACCCGCCUCAUCGGCUCAGCCCAAGUCCUCACCGACCCCUCCUCCGUCGUCAAAGAGCUCAUCGACAACGCCCUCGACGCGCGCGCAGCCUCCAUCUCCGUCGAGGUCGCCGCCAACACCAUCGACGUGAUCCAAGUCCGCGACAAUGGCCACGGCAUCGCGCCGGACGACCGCGCAAUGGUGUGCCGGCGCUACUGCACGAGCAAGAUCAGGUCUUUCGACGACCUGCGGAGGGUGGGUGGCAGCGUGCUGGGGUUCAGGGGCGAGGCGCUGGCGAGUUUGGCGGAGAUGAGUGGGAGCUUGAGUGUCAUGACGAGGGUCGAGGGCGAGGCGUGUGCGGUUAAUCUGAAGAUUGGGAGGGCGGGGGAGGUCGAAGGGACAGAGAAGGCGUCGCAUCCCGUCGGCACGACUAUCAGAGCCACGGACUUCUUUAAAGGCAUCCCGGUUAGGAUGCAGGCGGCGCUGAAGCACUCGGCGAGGUAUUUGGCGAAGAUUAAGAGGACUAUGCAGGCGUAUGCGCUGUGUAGACCCACCGUCAGACUUUCACUGAAAGUCCUGAAGGCUAAGAAUGAUAAGGGCAACUGGGUCUAUGCGCCGAAGCAGGGGGCUGGGGUUGAGGACGCGGCGUUGAAGGUCGUGGGGAGGGACUGCGCUGCCCAAUGCUCCUGGUCAGUCCUUGAGUCGCAUGGCUUCACCAUGCAGGCAUUUCUACCGAAGCCGGAUGCGGAUUCCACCAAGAUCAGCGGUAUUGGGCAGUUUCUCUCCGUGGAUUCAAGGCCGGUUUCUGCGACUCGGCAGACGCUCAAGAAAGUGGUUUCGAUAUUCAAGGAGAAGCUGAGAAAGGCAAAUCCGAAGCCAGACAGUGUGAAGGAUCCCUUCUUGUACCUGAAUAUUGUGUGUCCGCCGGACAGCUAUGACCCAAACGUGGAGCCAGCAAAGGACGAUGUACUCUUCGACAACGAAGCUAACGUUCUGGCGGCGGCUGAAGAGCUAUUCCUCGCAUGCUAUCCGCAGGUACCCCUGGAAACGGUUCAGUCUAGCCCAGGUGUACAGCCAAGGGAUGCAAGCACACCUACGGAAAGACAGCCAGUCAUUGAAGUGUUUGAGGAUGAAAGCAACGUAACACAUACGCCCGCAGGAGGACGACGCGUGUGGAGAUCCAACAUGUACGGGCACGAUGAGGAAGACACGGUUGUGGCGGACGACCGGCCUCAUUCCGUGCAAGAAGAUGACUGCGAUGCGGAGCAGAAUGCCCGUAGCGUCGAAGUAUCUAAUCCAUGGAUCAUAGCCAAGAUGACCACUUCCGCUCCAAAGAAAAGACCAACCUCGCUCAACAAUGGCCAGCUCAUGACUCCUCUUCGUGAGCGCAGCGGUGCAGAGAUCAAUUCGAGCUCACCUGUCCGAGCAGCAAGCCAUAUGCAGUCUCGUAUACAGGCCCCGUUCACUCCACAGCCAUCACCAUCAGCUGCAAAUAUAGGCUCAGGAUCUUCGCAAGGCGAAUCGCUGCACCAAACCAUCCAGCGACCUGCCUCGCCACAGCCCCAUCAUGCUGUAUCAGAUGAUGAAGUUUCCUUACUAUCAGCGCGGCAACCUUCCAUUCAGUCAAGAAAUGACUUCGUCACAGCGCGCGAGCUGACAUUAGGCACGCCUCUUCAUGCCAUUCCUGAGGCUGCGUCAAGGCCCCAUCGUCCUGCACCUAGCAAGCAGCCUAAAGAUGUCAACAAGUCUCUCAAAUCUCCUCUCAAUGAUCCCUCAGAUGUCUGGUUCAAGAUAAGUUCGUCCUCGCAACCCUCACGUCAGAGGGGCCCGCCUGGAAAGCGAGGACGGCCUGUGGGAGGACAGCCUUUCUGGACUCCGCGAAGCCAGGCCUACGAUGCUGCCGAUGCGCUGAUAAACCGUAUUACCUCUUCUGACACGCGGAACAAUAGAGACAUCCGUGACUUCGUUACCGCUGGCGAGCUGGUAGCGGCCGGUCCACGUUGGUCGGAUGAGCAUAGUACUGUCGCUGGUACAGAGGAUGCAGACAUGCUUCUGCAACCUCCUUCUCCGCACGCCCGGGAGAGUGGUUCAUCUUCUGUGACCAGAGCAGCAUCACCGGUGUCAAGACGUUUAAGGCGGGUUUCGGGUUCACCAGAAGCCAUGGUCGACGAGAUAGACGCAGAGUUCCAGCGCCAUCUUGUUGGAGCAAGGGUACGGUCCCGUCCAGCUUUAGCUGAAGAUCUACAACACACAGUAUCGACUAGCAUAGAGAGCGGAGCGCAGGCCCGAGACAAGCAACAUACCGACGCCCCUCAACGCAAACGUCGCAGAACGGCCGACGGCGGACCCCAAAGGUCAAAGUCUGCCAAUCUCCCACUUGAGCGUGUUCCCGCAAAGUUCCGUGUACAGGAUCUUAUCCUAAAGGCUCCCGCGUUUACCAAUAGCAUCUCUGAAGGACUGCAGCGACUUGAUACGGCGACAAACCGUGUUGACUGGCAUCUCCCGCCGGAUAGAGCUUUCAAUGCAUUUGCGAUUCCGCCAACACCAAGUGAGCUUCAAGCGUGGACCGUCCGGCUUACUGCUUCAUUGAAUGGGUUGUUUCCUAACCAGGAGGUGGAGGGGAGUCUUGGGCAGGUGCUGUCCGCUGCUGUUUCUCAACAUAUGAAUGACUAUCUGGCUGUUGAUUCUGCUUGA